GUGUUCCGGGAGCGUAGUCGCUGAGUAUGUUGAGGUUAUGAUUUUUGAAUGAAAUAUUUUUUAUCAGAAUAAUAAUUGGGAUCUCGAUAUCUUUGUUUCGGAUAUCAGAAUGUCUCGCUACUGUUCAAUAGGCCGAUAUAACCAACAAAUCAGGAAUUUGAAAACGAUAAAGGAGAACAUUAUGAAAACAUCCAAGGCAUUCCAGCAAGUUUCCCUUGAUGGAGUCUCAUCAAAAAUCAAAUGGAAUUUCCUGGGUAAAAUAUUGAGAAACUUAUCACAAUCAGAUGUUCCGAUGCAAGAUGACAGUAAGGUAUCUACAGUGCAACUUGCUUUUGAAAAUAACCAUGUUAAAAACAAGUUCUCAACAAAGAUACUGAGAAAACACAUCAACAAACUAUGUAGCAAUUUCGAAAAAACUAUCAGAACUAACAAGCUGCCUCUAUAUUCUGUGGCAGGACUAUCCAUGGUUGAAAAUACAUCAGACCCCAAAAUACAACCUCUCAUUGAACCUAUACCAGAACCUCCUCCUAUUCCUGAAGGAGCAGGAGAGAUUUUAAAUCAGUUGAAUGCUCUUGGUGAACCCACAUUUGCUUCUUUAGGUUUGGGAGGUUAUUCUCCAGUGGGACUAGCCCAGAACUGUUUUGAAUAUCUACAUGUAACAUUAGAUUUAGAAUGGUGGGCUGCCAUUGCUUUGGGAACUCUUAUCAUAAGAAUUUGCCUCUUUCCCCUGGUUGUGAUAGCACAGAGAAAUGCAGCAAAGAUGAACAACUAUUUGCCACAGAUGCAAUUGCUGCAACUGAAAAUGACAGAAGCCAGACAAACUGGUAAUCAGCUGGAUGCUGCUAGGUACUCACAGGAGCUCAUGUUUUUCAUGAAAGAAAAAGGGCUGAAUCCUCUCAAAAACAUGGUUGUUCCUCUUGCACAGAUGCCUAUUUUUGUUUCUUUCUUCAUGGCACUCAGACAAAUGACCAAUGUCCCAGUUGAUAGUCUGAGGACAGGUGGGUUAUACUGGUUUACUGAUCUAACCCUCCCUGAUCAGUAUUUUCUUCUCCCAAUUAUAACUAGUGCAACUUUGUAUGCUACCAUUGAGUUGGGUACAGACACUGCAAAAUUGUCAUCACAAAAUAUGCAAUUGAUGAAGUAUGUUUUGAGAGGAUUACCGCUGGUGGUAUUGCCAUUUACAGUUAAUUUUCCUGGAGCAAUAUUAUGUUACUGGAUGUCCAGUAAUUUCAUUUCUCUGGUACAAGUGGGAUUUUUGAGAAUUCCCAGGGUUAGAAGUUACUUCAACAUUGAAGCAUUACGUAAAAUUGAUCCAUUAGACCUGCCUAUGAAGCCAAAAGGAUUCAAAGAAGGGAUAAAGGAUUCUUGGACAAACAUUAAAAUCACCAAGGAAUUAGAAGAAAGGAGAAGAUUAGAUGAAAUAAAAUUUCAGAGAGCAGGGAAAGGUCCAAUUGUUAAGACCUACAAAUAUGAUCCUACAAAGCAAGUGGAGCCUUCCAAUAGUGUACCAAUUAGUGCUAAGAAAAGAUAAUAUAUUAUAAUAUAGUGAUAAUAAAAUACAGAC